AUGUCGUUUUCGGAUCUUUUGACUGGGCAGUCGGUUUUGUCAUCGUCUCAGAAGACUAUUCUCAUGAUAAAAUUUUUGCAUUUCUUCCUUUACAAUACCGGGCAAUUUCCGGACUUCAGACUACUUAGCAACAAGGACGAUAUCAACAGUAACAACACUUUCCCUUUAAUACCUGUUAGGAAGUUGCAGUUGUCUAUUCAGUCUGUAUCGUUGCUUGAAAAAGAGCUGAGAAGUCUUUCACAAUUUCCUAUAGAGCAAUUCCUUUUUAUACUGGGCCCAAAUGUUCAGAAGCCACUCCGUAUGGUUUUGUUGAACUUCCGCAAUUGUGAUUUGACACCUGGAGACAACACUGGAUCCAACAAGGAACAAAAGUUUCCCGUUUUCUUCAGAGGUCUGAUGGGGAACCCUUAUUUUAAUGUCAUUUUUGAGCCCACCUCACCCACACGACUCCAUGUGUACUUCAAGACUAGUAGACAUUUUCGUUGUGAUGAUUUUCUCCCAAAGUUGACCUUUAAUCCACCCAUUGGGUCCAUUCACGUUUUGAACGUGCUUUCGGCAGAAGAUACGAUGGAGCUCUACCCUGACAGUUCAGAGGUCCCAACUGAAGAAAUUGGCGCGCGUGUGGAGGAACUGCUCCAAACUGACAAGGAAAUGAUAUGGUUCUCGUGCUCCAAAGUCAUUACUGGAUGUUGA